UGAGAUUCAAGUUUGAAUUAAACGAUAAUGAUGCAGACUGAUGGUAUGGGUCCGAAUAUAUCUACAGAUGAAGAUCACUUUUUCCAGAGUGAUUUGUCUUUGAAGCAACAGCUUGCUCGUAAGGAGAAGCAGAUUCAGUUUGGAUCAAAAGGGUUUCCUUUGCAACUACCUUCCAAAGUAUUGGCCAUGGAAUUGGUUCAGUGUUUGGAUCAAGACACAUCCAACCAAGAUAUAAAGGAAGGUGAAAGAGAGUGGAUUCCCAAGGGUGUAUGUGCUUAUGUUGGCGAGUCAGGUCAUGUUGCUCGCAAGAUAAACCUUCAGUCUGGAGCCAUGAUUCGAGUGUUUAAAGGACAUUCUGGUCCCGUCACUUCUUUAGCCAUUCUAUACGAUACAAAGGGUAAAGAUUCCAUCUUGUUCACUGGCUCUUGGGAUAAGACGAUCCGAAAAUGGAACACAGAGAAUGCAAACCAACUUUUUUGUAUUUCAUUCCACAAUGAUUUUGUCAAAAGUGUUUGUCUGUUUGGUGAUGUCUUGUACAGUGCAUCGACCGAUAAGACCAUUUGUCAGUGGGAUGGCAAUACAGGGAAACACGUUAAAACCAUGCGUGGACAUACUCGUGGUGUAGAAACCAUUCUUGUUACUCAAGAUGGAUCCACCUUGUUCUCUGCUUCGUCUGAUGGAUCUAUCCGAAAAUGGGAUACUGCAACAGGAAAAGAAGUUGCAGUGUUGAAUGGACACGAUACUUCUGUGUAUGGAUUAGCUCUAUCUGAAGAUGAAUCAGAAUUAUGGUCAGCCUCUGCUGACAAGACAGCACGUCGUUGGGAUCUUGAGACCAAUGCAUGCACAGCAACAUUUGAACAUCCAGACUUUGUUCGAUCAGUUCUGAUAGUAGAAGAUCAUGGUAUAGUGAUUACUGGAUGCCGUGAUGAAAACAUGCGAAUGUGGAACACGGCGACAGAUAAAUGUGUUAAAACCAUUGAAGCUCAUACAGGAGAAGUGUCAUCCAUCAAGUAUACAGGAAAACAUACUAUUUUGAGCGGAUCUUUAGACAACACAAUUCGGUUUUGGUCAAUCACGCAAGAACUCUCACAAGAACUUUUGACAAAACACUCGAACAAGACGGUAAAAACAGCGAGUUUAACUCAAGCCAGCAAGGAACGCGUGGAAUCAACAGCGUUAAUAUCCGAACAAGAAGAGCGUGAGCUAGCCGAACUGAUGGAAAAUGAAGAGAAAUAAAGUUGACCAUUUAAGUUGUCGGAUCUUG